AACGGAACAAAACAUUGUUGACAACUGUGGCUUGUCAGCAAACUUCUCCAGUUUUCAGUACAAUGAAGCUGUUUACAUUAGUUUGUCUGGGCUUUGUAGUGUUUUCGGUUGGUUAUCGUCAGUCCUAGCUAACUAAUGAGCCGGUUCAUUUAGCUGGUAACAUAAAAGAUUUAAAUCAUAACGCUUCAGAGCAUCUGUAGCUUGACGUUAGCAAGCUAGCAAAGCUCAGCUACAGGCACAAUUAGCAGCAGCAUGGGCGAUGGUACUAUCACUCCCAGGCUCGGCAACAUGAAGGCGUUGCUCGGAAUAGUUGCCGGCGCUGGAGCUUCCUACGGGAUAUACAAACUUCUCAGCGGAGGAAGCUUCAAGAGAAACAAGAAAAGUGCCACAAGUGAAAGUCCUGGUGUAAGGAGCACUCCGUCCAGUGAAGUUACUGUACAGCCGGGCAGCCUGCUAGCUAAAGUGUCUGGACUGGAUGUUGUCUGUCCCCGACCUGCGGAUGAUGCAUCAGGUGGCAUCAUCCACCAGUCUCCCGGCAACCUGGAGCCACAGCACCUGAAAAUGCUGCUGUCAUGUCUGCAGACCAGCAAUAAUCCAUCUGACAGAUGUCGGAUCCUGCUUACGUUAGGAAACGCUGCUGCCUUCACUGUGAAUCAGAAUCUAAUACGGGAAUUUGAAGGGAUCCAUAUCAUAGCUGGAUUCCUUUCUGAUCCUGCGACAGAAGUUAGAGUGCAGACUCUGAAUGCUUUAAAUAAUCUGUGUAUGAACAUCCAAAACCAGGAGCAGCUAAAGGUUUAUGUGCCACAAGUGCUAGAACUGAUUGAGAUGUCACCAGUGAAUUCUGACCUUCAGCUCGGUGCUCUCAGGCUGCUGACAAACCUUUCAGUCACAGACAAACAUCAACACUUGCUGAAGGAAUCAGUUACGCUUUUACUGUCUCUACUUGUAGUGAGCGCUGAAGCAUUGCAGGUUCAGGCUUUGAAAGUCCUCGUGAAUUUGUCCUCAAAUCCAGAUAUGAUGGAUGACAUUGUUCAAGCUCAGGCUCCAGCUUCUGUUUUGCUGCUGUUUGAUGCUCGAACGGCUCCGGCAGUGCUUCUGCGACUGCUGACGUUUGCAGGGAACUUGAAGGCCUGGAGGCCUUCAGCCCAGGUAGCUGAUGAACUGAGGCGGAAGCAGGAUUGCCUCUUCCGGGUCAUGUUAGAUGAAUCCUCCCAGCUCCACAGCAAACUGGUCCAGCUGCUUUCACACCCUGAUGGAGAGAUUCAGGCCCAAGUGGCUCGUAUCUUGACAUAGACCUCUCUAUCUGCACUCUUGAUCCAUGCACAGCUUUUGCUUCUACACACUUUGCCAAAGCCAUCAACUUAUCACCCUUCAAGUUAAAUUAUAAAUCUGUUAACAUUAACCUUAUAGAAGAGCAGGCUGCAUAGCUUCCUGUGGAUUCUGAGUUCACUCUCCCACAUUCUUUAUACCUACAGUAUUCCCCCGAUCAAUAUUAUUAUCACAUAAAACUAAAUGAUCUGCUCCGGCUCACCAGCCACUUUUCCCUGAUCUCCAGCUACUUACACUACAGUUAAUUGAUGAGCAGUGAGUGAGCAGGAAGUAGAGUAUAAAACCACCUUUCCCUGUUUUUUCCUGCCACUGAGAGUUUUCUUCUCAUUGCCAGAGACUGUUUUCCUUCAAAGACCCACAGUGCCCUUCCUUCUGAGAACUUCACCUAUUUUUCUCUGAAGAUAUUUUCCAGGUGAAAUUUCUGAACCCAAACCCACUGCCAAAAGUUUUCUAGAGAAUGUGUUUGUUUGAAUGACCAGUGCAGCAUGACCUCAUAUACUAUCCCUCUGCGGUUCAGACAGAGACUUGUCUUCUUGCUGCACUCUUUAGCAUGCCUUGGAGACACCAGUGAAUGGGUGCACUACAGCUCCAGUCCUCACUAAUGUAUCAACAUGUUGGAUAGUCUUAUACCAACAUCUUUGAUCUGUUUAUUUAAUUUUAGAAAGUGUGUCAUGGUUUUAGAAGAGACAAAGUGAGGUUAAGCUGCAGCGUGGUUGGCCCCACUUUCUGGGAUUCUGUGACAAGAGGAAGGAUUCAGUGUGUCAGGAAGAUUUUGAAGUUGACACACACCUUCCCCACAUUAAAAAAGAGCUAGCUGAGGUGUAUAGGUUACUUGGUGAGGAAGCCACUUGGAUAAACUUUGCCUUUGACGGUAUACCAAUCACAUCUGCCUGGACAGGUUGAUGUGGGAUGUAAUAGCGUUGCUGAAUGUCUCAACUGGCCUACAAACACCUGCAUAUCCCCCAGGGAGGAGCUGGAGGAAGUUUCACAGGAAAAAGGAUGUCUGGACUGCUGCAGUUAUUUUACAACUACCACAUAAGUCAGGCAAAUAUGCAACUUGAAAACAAAUGGAGGAGUGGUUCACCUUGGAGAACACAGUAAUGGUAAGAGCCAUGAUUACUGUUUGUGACAAAUGUUAUGCAUAAAAUAGCUGUUGAAUGACAACAGCGACUGAAUGUUAAAUACAAGCCUUGUUAUGUACUUACUGUAAAAAGACAGGCUGUAAGUGAUAGAUCCACAUGUUUACCUGGAGGACUGAAGCUGUGGAUCCAUCUGCUCACUUGUUAAACAAUAUUUACAGAAAGGAGGACGGGUGUAGGUGCAUACCUCUAAUUUGCAUGAAAAAUGUGAUGAUUAUCUCAAAAUCUGGUUUUUACUGCAAGGACUUUAUGGCAUGAGCCAGUCCAGGUCUACAGAAAUGCUGCACAUCUUUUGAUGUUUGGACACUGACUUUAUUUAACCCAAAUCCUAAAUAUCUCUCAGGCAAUAUGGUUUACUAGAACAGAUAAAGCAGGAGGUUGAAUUACUUGUGACCUAGAUUAUCAUAUUUAUUUAAUGAAGUUAGUAAGCAUUUUGCAGAUAAAAUGAGAAAUUUGUUUAUGUGUGUUUGAAUGGUUCAAUAAAUACCCUAUGACC